GUGUUUUUACCAGCAGCCGCCGCUGUCGUCAAGGUGUGUUUGCACGAGGGCGUGUGACAGGUGCAGGGGGCGGGGUUUUGGAGGCGGAACCUGUUUGUCUGCUUCAGCUCAGGUAUUCACACCGCGGAAAGCUCAACAGAAACUCAGAGCCAGUGUCCUGAUGGACCCCAGAUCGGACCCGUGUCAGGUUUGAAGUUGUUGAUCGGCACCGCUGGGACAGACUCGCACACGCGUCAUGUUAUCACACCGCAGGGGGCGGAGCCUGUCUGAGGCCCUGACCCUGGAGCAGUUGGAGGAGGGCGGAGUUGUCAUUUCCGGCAUCACCAACCGCACCUCGGCCAAUCAGGGCCUGAGGGAAGGGGAUGAAAUUGUUGGUGCAACGAUCAAUUUCGAUCAUCUUUCAAGGGAUGAGGUACUGAAAGUGCUGAAGCUGAUGGCGCCAUUUGACGAUAAGGUGCAAGUCCUGAUGAAAAAUAAGCGGAGCAAAAGCCUCGACCAUCUGGAUCAGUACAGCAGGAAUUCAGGGACGACGCUGGAAAAUCCCUACAACAAACUAUACAAUGCCAAAAUCAAGAAGUAUAUGACAGAUGGUUCACAUGGUGCUGAGGGAGGCCACGUGAACGGGGAGGCAACCACCAAUCCAAAAUCCAGGCUCGGCCGGAAACAGGACACGGAUUUGCCUCGCCUUGGUGUGGAUUUUGGAGUUCUGAAGACAAACACACCGAGACAUGAUGCUUUCGAUGAUUCACAAAUGGAUGAUGUCACAUUUUCUGCUGAUGGAAAUUUAAUGGAUGGCAUGAAUAUGAACCUUCCGCCGUUGGGUAGCAGCUCAGUUGGACCUAGUAGAGUUCAGGUACCAAGUCUGAAUGUUGAUUCUACAAAGUCACAGCUGAAGAGUCCAGACCGCCGUCGCUCUAGGACAUUACCAGAAAGUCCAGAUGUUAACACCACAGCGGGUCUACAACUGUCACAACCUGAGAGUCCCUCAGCAAACCUUGAUGGUCCUCAGAUUGGACUUGAGACAAAUGGAACUUAUAAUGCUCAAGAUAUUAAUGUGGGUUUACCGAAAAGUGAUUUGCAGCGACCAGGUAUACCUGACAUGGGACUAAACGUCAACAGGGGAAAACUCAGCGGUCCAACCUUUGGACCUGAUUUGAAUGGUCCAGAAUUUGAAGUCAGGACUCCAGAUGUAGACAUGUCAGAUAUUUCAUUGGCUAAAAAAAGUCUCAAGCAUUCCAGUAAACUGAAAAACCCUGACUUAAAUGUGGAUCAGCUUUCCAGUUAUGUAGAAUCACCCACAGUUGAGGUAUCUGAGAGAUCUUCAGACAUCAGAGUGGAAAUGCCAAACAUGAAUGUAUCAGGACCACAUGUUGACCUUCCACAUGUCAAAAGGCCACAGUUUAAUCUCUCUGGACCAGACACUGAUAUGUUUUCAGGUGAUAUACAAUUUUACAAAUCAAAAACUGGUUUGAAAGCUCCAGAUUUUGAUGUUGGUGUGCCAUCCGGUAAAGUCAAGAUGCCUAAAUCUGGGCUUUCAGGCAAAGGUAAAGUAAGCAUUGAAAAACCUGACGUGCGUAUGAAAACGUCCAAAAUAAAAGGUGACCUUCAUGCACCCAGUGUAACCCAAACAAAAGCUGAACUAAAAGCACCUGAUUUAGACAUCAACGCUCAUGCAGUUUACAUGAAAUCACCUUUGGGAAAAUACAAAGCCCCCAAGUUCAGAAUGCCCCAAUUUGAGUUUCCAGGUAUUAAUGUCCCAGAUAUUGAUGGAGACCUAGAAGGUCCAGAUCUGGAUCCAUCAGCACCUAACUUUGAGGAGAACAUUCAUUUCCCCAGACGUGACUACACAGCCCCAAAUCUAGACCUGAAUCCUCCAGGUAUGGAUAUUAAUCUUCCUUCUGGUAGCUUAAACUUUGACGCAGAUGCACCUACUGGCAAGGGCAAAAUGCCCAAAUUAAAGCUGUUUGGCACCUUACCACAGAAGAAAGGUGUGGAUAUUAAUGCAGACGUAAAAACACCUGACCUGAGUCUGAAAUCCCCAAAUAUUGGGGGGAAAGACAGUCUUUACAUGAAUGUAGGAGACAUGGAUCUCAAAACUCAGAACAUUGACAUGAAUGCUCCUGACAUCCAUGCUGGUAUGCCUUCAGGCAAACUGAACAAAUUUAAUCUUUUAGGCUCAAAAGGACCAAAUCUGGACUUGAACACACAUUUCAAAUCACCUGGUGUAGAUUUAUCUGGUCCGAACCUCAGUGGAAUAAAUGCACCAGAUCUGAACAUGCCCAAGGCUGACUUCAAGAGCCCCAAACUGGACCUCAAUACGCCAAAUUUCAAACUGAAAAUGCCUAAAGCAGAUCUUCAGGGUCCAGACUGGGAUGAUGAUGUUCCCUCAGGCAAGUUGAAAAUACCAAGAUUUAAUCUCUCAGGCACAUUGCCAAAAGGUUCUAACAUGGAUGUGAACGCAGAUCUGACUUCACCAGAUUUGAGUAUGAAAGGUCCAAAAAUAAAUGGUGGACUUGACUCCCCUGACUGGGACUUGCCAAAGAUGGACCUCAAAGCUCCAAAGUUGGACAUCAACACUCCAGACGUCGCCACUGGUUCACCUAAAUUGACAAUGAAAAUGCCUAAAUUGAAAAUGCCUGAUUUUAGUUCCCCAAGCAUAAAAGGACCAGAAAUUGAAGGCCCAGAUGUAAAUUUUAAUUCACCCACUGUGAAUGUCAAAGGUCCCAACACUGAUUUUAGAAUGCCCAAUAUUUCUGGUCCAUCAGGAAAUUUCAAAAAGCCAAACCUGAAUCUUCUUGAUAUGGAUCUGGCUGCUCCAAAGGAAGAGGGUCCUAAUUUGGACCUCAAUUUACCUAAACUACAUGCUACUGGCGUGAACCUCAGUGGUGGAAUAAAUGCACCAGAUUUGAAAAUGCCUAAAGUUGACUUUAAAAGCCCCAAACUGGACUUAAGUUCCCCCGAUGUUGACUUAAACAUGCCAUCAGGUAAAAUGAAAAUGCCAAAGGUGGCAGUGCCUAAAGCAAGCCUUCAUAGUCCAGACUGGGAUGUUGACGUGCCUGCAGGCAAAUUGAAAGUACCUAAAGUAAACCUUUCAGGGACAUUGCCAAAAGCACCAAAUUUGAACAUAAAUACAGAUCUGAAGUCUCCAGAUUUAAGUCUGAAAGGUCCAAAGGUAAAUGCUGGACUUGAGUCUCCGGACUUGAAGUUCCCUAACAUGGACAUUAAGUCUCCAAAAUUAGAUGUGAACACUCCAGAUGUCAACAUUGGUUCACCUAAAUCAAAAUUUAAAUUUCCGAAAUUGAAGAUGCCUAAAUUUAGCCUUCCAGGCAUGAAAGGACCAGAUGGAAAUUUGGAUGGUCCCAGUGUUGACCUUAAUGCACCAAAUGUGAAAAUGAAAGGUCCUAAUGCUGAUUUUAGAAUGCCAGAUGUUGAUGUUGGUGGUCCAUCGGGAAAACUUAAAAAAACAAACUUUAACUUUCCUGAUUUUGGGUUUUCUGGUCCAAAGUUAGAUGGUCCUAAUUUGGAUCUCAAAUCACCUGAUCUAGAUAUUGCUGGUCCAAAUCUCAGUGGUGGGAUAAAGGCACCAGAACUGAACAUUCCCAAAGCUGACUUCAAAAGCCCUAAAUUUCCAGACUUGGAUGUUUCUGGUCCUUCAGGCAAGCUGAAUAUGCCUAAAUUAAAUCUUUCAGGGACUAUGCCAGACGGACCAAAUAUGGACAUGAACACAGAUAUGAAUUUUCCCAAUUUCCCAAGUCUGAAAGGUAGAAUUGGUUCCCCUGACUAUGACUUGCCAAAUGCAGAUCUCAAAGCUCCAAAGCUUGACAUAAACACUCCAGAUGUUAAAAUUGGUUCACCUAAAACAAAAUUUAAAAAGCCCAAAUUGAAGAUGCCUAAAUUUAACCUUCCAGGCAUAACAGGACCUGAUGGAAAUUUGGAUGGUCCGGAUUUUGAUAUUAAUGGACCCAAUGUGAAUAUCAAGAGUCCCAAAGCUGAUUUUAGAAUGCCUGAUGUUGAUGUUGCUGCCCCAUCAGUAAAAGUUAAAAAGCCAAACUUGAAUCUUCCUGAUUGGGGCGUGUCUGGUCCAAAGUUGAGUGGCCCUAAUUUGGACCUCAAAUCACCUGACCUAAAUAUCACUGGUCCAAACCUCAGCAGUGGAAUAAGUGCACCCGAUCUGAACAUGCCCAAUGUUGACCUCAGCAUGCCCAAGUUGCCCCACCUGAAAAGCCCCAAACUGGACCUCAGUACUCCAAACGCUAACCUAGACAUGCCAUCACUGUCAAAGCCAAGAGUAGAUCUUCAUGGCCCUGAAUGGGAUGCUGAUGUUCCAUCAGGCAAGUUGAAAAUGCCCAAAUUGAAUGUUUCAGGAACAUUGCCAAAACCUGAUCUGAAUUCACCAGAUUUGAAUCUGAAAAUUCCCAAACUAAAGGCGGACACCUAUUCCCCUGACAUGAACUUGCCAAACAUGGACCUUAAAGCUCCAGCAUUAAAAAUGAACACACCAGAUGCCAACAUUGGUUCACCCAAAUCAAAAUUCAAAUUUCCUAAAUUAAAGAUGCCUAAAGUUAAUUUCCCCAGCCUGAAAGGACCUGACUUUGAUGGUAAUUUAGGUGAUCCAAACAUAAACAUUAGUGCACCAAAUGUCAACCUCCAAGGACCCAAAGCUGGUUUAGAAACUCCAGAUGUUGAUUUACGCAGCACAACAGGAAAACUCAAAAAGCCACAUUUGAAAGUGCCUGAUGUGGAGUUUUCUGGUCCAAAGCUAAAUGGUCCCAAUUUUAAGUCACCAGAUUUUGACACUAAAUUACCAAAAGGACCAGGUUUGAACAUGAAUUCUGACUUCAGUACUCCAGAUUUCAGUGUCAAAGCUCCAAAGAUAAAGGGAGGCAUCAAUGCCCCCAAUUUGGGUUUACCAAGCACAGACCUCAACGCUCCAGAGUUCAAUGUCAAGACUCCAGAUUGGAACAUCGGUUCACCUGAUGCAAAUUUCAAGAAGCCUAAAAUGAAGAAACCUAAAGCUGACAUAUCUGGCCCAAAAGGCCCCAAUAUUAACAUAGAUGGGGACUUGCAAGGGCCUGACCUCAAUUUGCCAAAUACUGGCAUUAGAGGUCCAAAUGGAAAAUUAAAAAUGUCAAAUUUAAAUAUGCCAGACCUCAGUCUUUCUGGGCCCAGCGCAAAAAGACCAGACAUGAAUCUUUCAACCUCUAAAUUUAAAGCCCCUGUUGUCAAUAUGCCAAAUUUAAAUUUGCCCGAUGCCAAUCUCAAACAGCCCAAAUUAGAUGUUGGCGCAAAGCAACCUGACUUUGGAAUAAAUGGUAACAUAGGAGGGUACACCGGAAUGAAUGUUCCCUCAGGAAGCAUCCAGGGCCCUCAAACCGAACUCGAUUUAGCAGACAAAGAAUUCAAACUGCCUUCUUUAACGAUGCCUCAGUUUGGAAGUCCAGAUUAUGACAAGGUGGCCUCUGACAUUGACUUUGGUGCACACCUGAGAAAAGAUAAUCUGGGCAUUUUUCCUCCAAAUGCAAAAAUGAACGUGAAACCAACAGAACUGAAGGGAACUGUCGCAGGUCCACAGGGCUCAUCUCCAAAUGUUGAUCUAAACAUGCCCAAAGUUAAGAAUCCAAAACUUUCUUUCAAAGCUCCAGAACUUGAUGUUGACAAUCUUUCAGCAGAUUACCAUGGACACGCUUAUAAGACUCGUGCAUUUGAUAUAACAGGGGAAAAUAUCAAGGUGCCGGUCCUGGACAUUGAUAGAGAUGUCCUUCCUCGUCCAAAUGACAGAAAAUCCACAAAGACCAGAAUCCGGUCCAGCUAUCCUCUUUUGGAUGGUGACUUAGACCACACAGACGUCCACCAUCCAGACCUCAACAUUGAUGAUUUUACAGGCAAGGACCAUGUAUUAAGAGCCAGAGGUUCCAAACUGGACCUGCAAGCAUCUGGUAACUAUAGACAGGUGAUUUCUUCACCAGACCUUAAUCUUAACCUCAGGGACCAGAAACCGAACAGAAAAAUUGCAGCUGGUGAUGGUGAGGUAAAGGCAACACAUCAAAGACGUGCGCAGACUCACAUCAACGCACAUUUGCCUCAUUCUUCUCAAACUUCGAGGCUAAAAGUGCCCGAUGAUACUGAUGGAUACUUGGUUACCAUUUUUCCUACACAAAAAACCCCUCAAAAAACAUCGCGCAAAUACAACACGCUAGGCGGACUUGACUUUCAUCCGUCCAAUUUGGAACUUGAAGUUCCCGGUGACAAUGACCUCAAAGGGUCAACAUUCUUUUUUUCUAACCUCAUAUAGCUUGUUUUCGUGAAUGUCAUCACACAGAGGUGAUGGUUAAACCAGUAAACUGGUCACAAGCUGGUAGGAAGCUGGUAACCAACACAACGGUCCUGAGUAACCAUGACAUCGGAGAAACACAAUAAUGCUAGAGUUUGUUUCCAUUUGUCUGGAGUGAUGACGUUUUCCACAUGUUGGUGUUGGCUAACAGAUAUUGCUGCAGAAUGUUAGCCAUCUAAUUGGAUAGCUAUGGCGAAUGCAGCAAACCAGAACGAUGCAUUCACUGUAAAUAGGUUUUCUGUGCAGCACUUAAAAGCUCUGAGAUGAUUUAACGGGAUCUCUGGACGGAUUUAUCGCACUGUCAUGCAAUACAAUACUCUGAUCUGAACUUUUUUGGGGGGGAUAUCUGAGCCAAUCACUUAGGUCAAUAUCAGACUGAUACUGAUCCAAAAUAUCAGCUUGGCACAGCCCAAGCUAGAACCUCUGCUAUGCUGUAACGGACAGAGUGAGAAACACACAUUGUCUGAUUCCUGUACGUUUACCGUUAUCAGUCCAAGUUACGCAAUAGUAUCAGAACAAAAACAUAGACCCUAAAAAUGGCAGCUCUGCAAGGAAUUAUGGGAUAUAUGAUCUCAGUCGAUGGCAGCAGAAUUUAAGAAUGCUACAACUUUAUUUAUAUAUAUGAAACCCUGUAUAAAGCACUUUUCCGGCGAUGUUGCUAAUCCUUAUUUUAGAAAACUCAGAUGCUUGUUUUGAUGUAAGUUGUCAAAUUUUGUUGUAUUUUUUUAGAAAGGAAUUUACCAUUUUUUCCUUAUUUAAGAGUUUUUCUACUUGAGCUUUUUAUAAUGAUGUUAAAAAAGUUAUGAUUCAACGUUUGUACUUGUUUGUGUAAUGCUACAUCAUGUUGUACAUUUGUAAUAGGUAAUUACGGUUUGAAAGGAAGUUUUUUUCUUUGUUAUUUUUGUACAUUAAAUCUAAUUUCCUAAAUUGUAUGACAUCACCCAAAAACCCCUCAGAUUCUCUCCUGUCAUUCUGUUGCUGUACUUUUGAAAUCUGAGGUCUGCAAAACAAUUAAACUGCCCACAAAUCUUUUGGCCCCACGUUGUUGUUUUUGUUUACAAACUGUAUCUGUGGAAACGGAUGGAAAAUAAAAACAACGCAGCUGAAAGAUUGGACACGCUGGUUUGAAGAAGGAAGUUUGUAAAAUAUUUCAAUAUUACGAUGCGUAAAAGUGAGAAUUGUUUUGUAUUCUUAUUAAAAUCUAUGUUCAGAGUAUAUAUUUGAUAUUCAUUAUGGUUGUAUAUAAAAUAUGUUUAUUAAAAUCAUAUUAAGACG